ACCUAACCACUCCCAGUCUACACUAUCGGCCUCUCAUUCAUUUAGUGCACGAUACAAUACUUGAUAGCAUAGGCGUUAAUUCGAAGUUCCCUAGUGUUUUAAAUUAUUUUUAUUUAAAUAUACAUCGAUGUGAUUUUUGUGCUAUCUAAAAAAUAUAUAAAAGUGUAACAUACAGUACUAAAAUGAGUAUAAAACAAAUAUUAUGUUCACCGGUGGGACUGAGGCUUAAAGUGCUACAUGUUGUGAGAAUUGUAAUAGCAGCAAUUGGAAGAAUUUUUUUUAGUUUAUAUUACGGGAAUGAAGGCCAAAAGAUUCCACCCAUUACAGAUGAAAUCCUGAAAGAGCCAACCAUUGAAGUCGCCAAGAAAAUAAGGAACAAGGAGAUAUCGAGUGUACAAGUGGUAGAAGCUUGCAUCAGGCGUAUCAAAGAUGUAAACUCAGCACUUAAUUGUUUUGUAGAGGACCGUUUCGAACUAGCUCUAAAAGAAGCCCGAGAGGCCGACGAAUUGAUACGUAGCGGUUCAACGCCUAUACAACAGUUGGAAUUAGAGAAACCUCUCUUAGGAGUUCCCUUCACUACAAAAGACUGCUUCGCUGUAAAAGGUCUACGUUUCACAUCAGGAGUUGUACUUCGUAAGGACUUUGUAUCAGAGGAAGACGCUGGGGCCAUCCGGCUAUUACGAGACAAAGGCGCUAUAAUUAUAGGCAUCACGAACGUACCAGAACUCUGCAUGUGGUGGGAGACUCACAAUCACAUAUACGGAAGAACUAACAAUCCAUAUAAUACUACAAGGAUUGUAGGAGGGUCGUCUGGAGGUGAAGGAUGUCUGCAAGCUGCAGGAGGCAGUAUUUUUGGAGUUGGUUCUGACAUUGGCGGUUCAAUUCGAAUGCCCGCUUUCUUUAAUGGAAUUUUUGGGCACAAACCAUCACGUGGUAUAGUUCCAAAUUCAGGACAGCAUCCUGCACCGGAGACAGAUCUAAUUGAUUCUUUUCUAGGUGUGGGCCCUAUGACAAAACACGCAGUGGAUUUAAAACCACUCUUAAAAAUAAUGGCGGGUGACAACAAAAAUAAACUAAAAUUGGACGAACCCGUUAAUAUCGAAAAACUAAAAGUCUACUAUCAAUUCAGCAAUGAUGCACCUUUAGUCGAUCCUGUUGAUCCAGAAAUAAUAAUGGCAAUGAAAAAAGUAUUAGAAUUUCUAAACGUACAACACAAAUUGAAAGCUGAAGAAAAGAAAAUUGAUCUCCUCCGCAAAUCUAUGCCUAUAUGGUUGACUAAUAUGAAAACUAAACAAAAAUUUGAGACUCUUAUAAUGAAGAAGGAAGGUGUAGGUGCCAUACUAAAAGAAAUUGUGAAAAAUAUUAUCGGCUGCUCUGGUAAUACCUUGAUAAGUUUAUUUACUGCUUUGACUGAUCAUACAGGAGCGGAAGUAGGAAGCGAGAGACAUAUCCAUUACUUAAAAGUACGUGAAAAUCUUGAGAAACUUUUCACUGAAAUGUUAGGUGAUGAUGGCAUUUUCUUAUACCCUGUACAUCCUACACCUGCACCAUACCAUAAUGAGCCAUUAUUGAGACCUAUGAAUUUUGCAUAUACUGCUAUUAUUAACUGUCUAGGAUUACCAACAACUGCUAUUCCAUUAGGUCUAAGUCGUGAGGGAUUGCCAAUUGGUAUUCAAGUUGUUGCUAAUCACAAUAAUGACAGAUUAUGUCUUGCAAUAGCUGAAGAGCUCGACAAAGCUUUCGGAGGAUGGGUAGAGCCUCAAAAAUCUUAGAUAUCCUACGACAUUACGAUAAUAAAGUGGCAUUUACAACUAUACAGAUAACCACACGUUAAAUAAUCAUUCAUCAUCAUUUCAGCCGUUAAUUGUUCGCUGCUGAACAUAAGCCUUCCUCAUAAGGAGAGUUUUGCUAGUAGUUGCCAUGCUUGGCAGAUGGAUUGUUAGAUAUAAUAUUAUUGUCAUAAAUGGAAUCACUUAUUUUUACAGUAAAUAUUUAAAUAAUUUCAUUUUACUAAGGCUUUUAUAAAAUAUAAAAUUACCAGUUUCUCAUGGUGUAUGCAUAUACUGAUGCAUGUAGACCGUGUGUAUAAGUUAGGAUAUAAUCUACUCAUGUACCAAAUUUCAUUCAAAUCAAUUCAGCCAUUUAGGCACGAUUGAGUAAUAAACCCAUAUCAUCAACAUCGAAACAUCUUUAAAUUUUUUAAUUCUAACCUUAGUAGGAAUAGCAUUUAAAUAGAUUAUAUAAUUUUACUAAAGCUUUUAUUGUAUAUUAUAUGAUGAAAUUUAUUAAGCAUAAAUUUUAGAAGAUGUACAUUUUCUCUCCUUAUAUUUUUGCUACUUUGUAAGUUAACAAAUUCUAAUGGCUACAAAAAUAUGUUCACAAUUGUGAUUCCAAAUAAAAUAUUUAAAUAUCUCAGCCUUGUGUUGAAUAUAGAACAUUAUUCAAAUCUAAUAUUGAAGAGAACAAGCAUACCACCAUUUUUGUUAAUUAUAUUCAUUCCAACAGAUAGCAAAAAAAUUAAUUGACAUGUAAACAACACAUUGUGAUUCAGAAAUAAUUAUGAAAUUAUUUUAAAGACUUUAAAAAUAAUUUAUAAAUAUUUAUAUAUAUUUAAAAAUAAGUUAUUUUACAGCAGUGUUAUCAGUCAACCACAUUUAGAAUAGAUGGCAAAAUUUUCAUAAAGUAAUAAAUACAAAUACUGUUAAUAAUUUAUACUGCCUUUUUCUGGUGCUAUUUAAAUGUAUCGAGGCACAACACAAAAACAACAUAUAUCCAUAUUAUAACUAAAUCUAACAAAAUAAAAGCGACUGACUAAUACUUGUUUUAGAUUUAAUGAUGUCUAAACUGGUAAAAAUUGUUCUGUAUUUUAUACAAUUGACUUUAAAAGACCUGUGUGUCUCAAAUGAAUACUGUACUUUAACUUUGUAUCUUAAAAGUUUUGUAGAGAGCCAAAUAGGUUAUAGUUAAGCUUUUUCUUAUUUAAACUAUUUAUAAAAUAUAAAUUUACAACUAAAAUGUCUGUAAAAAUAAAUAUAAGAGUGGAAUACGAAAAAUCAAAACUGUAUUUAAAAUAAGUUAAAAUUAAAAACUUCUAUACAAAUAAAUGUAAUAGCUGCAUAAAAAGAAUAAAUAAUCAAGUGCAUUGUUAAGCAGAAAUGAGCUUUAUAUGUGUACUGGUACUAAAAAUUAAAAUUUUAGAUAAUAUCUGUUUGCAUGGGUGUUAUAAAAAUUAAUAGUGACUACUGUUUUAUAUAAAUAGGUGUUUAAUAAAUUUUUACAUGGUGGCAAAAUAAUUAUUGUGUUAAAAUAAUCUGUAGUAUAUUACAAAGACAAUUAAAUUGUAUUAGUUACAAUUUGCAA